AUGCGCUCCACCGCCUUCCUCGCUCUCCUUCCUCUCAUCGCCGCCGUCCCUGGCCACCUUGUGGAGCGUCAAGAAUCCUUCUGCGUCUCUGCAUGCAUAGCCCAGCAACAGGCCAACCCCGGCCCGUGCGCACCUACCGACGUUGCCUGCCUUUGCGCCGACCAGCAGACCCAGUGGAACUUUGCCGGUUGUAUCCAAUUCACCUGUCCCCCCGAAGCGGUGGAACAGGCCCUCGCUUUCGGCCAACAGAUCUGCGCCGGCGGUGCUGCGGCUGCACCCAGCGCUAGCGGUGUCCCCGCAUCCGCCUCUUCGGUCCUUUCUGGCGCGUCUCAGUCCGCUUCUUCCGCUAUCGCCGGCGCUUCCGCCGCUGCAUCCGGUGCUGAGGCGUCCGUCAUCUCCGCCGCUCAGUCCGCGUCCAGCGCUGCUGCUGCUGCUGGCUCGGCUAUUUCUAGCGCUGCUGCUUCUGCCGGCUCGGCGGUUUCGAGCGAAGUCGCCUCCGCUACCUCUGUGAUCGCCAGCGAUGCCUCCUCCGUGGCCGGUGCUGCCUCCUCCGCUGCUUCUGCUGCUGGAUCCGGUGUCUCCUCGGCCGCCUCCGCCGCCUCAUCCGCCGCCGCCUCAGCAUCCGGCGCACUCGGCUCCAUCGCCUCCUCGGCCGCCUCUGCCGCCUCCUCGGCUCGUUCCGCCGCUUCGUCCGCCAUCGCCCCCAGCUCGUCCGCUUGGGCCAUGCCCACCGCCGCUGCGGGCUACAUGGGCAUCAUUGUCGCUGCUGCCGGUGCCGUGGCCGCUAUCUAG